AUGGAUGAUGAAUUGGUGAAGAGAGUGUUUGAAGGAGGAGGAAGGGAUUAUUAUCAACAACCGCCCUCAACUUCCUCGUCUUCUUCCUCCAUACUCCAAUCCCUCCCGCUUCAUGUGACUUUUGAUCACGGUUACUACUUGUUAGUGAAAUCCAUUCAGGAGCUUAGAUCAAAAAAGGAUGGUCUGGUAACUGUUGGCAUUGGCGGUCCUAGUGGUUCUGGUAAAUCAAGCUUAGCCGAUAAAGUAGCCUCAGUGAUUGGUUGUACGGUCAUAUCAAUGGAGAAUUAUCGCAUGGGACUGGAGGACGGCAAUGAUUUAGACUUAAUUGAUUUUGAUCUCCUGGUUCAGAACAUUGAGGAUUUGAUGAAUGGUAUAGAUGCAUUUAUUCCUUUGUUUGAUUAUCAAGGAAGAAAACGUGUUGGUUCUGAAAAAAUUAGGAGCACUUCCUCAGGGGUGAUCAUUGUUGAUGGCACUUAUGCAUUGCAUUCACGACUGCGCUCUUUGCUAGACAUACGUGUCGCAGUGGUUGGUGGUGUCCACUUCAGUCUUCUUUCUAAAGUUCAAUAUGAUAUAGGGGAGUCUUGUUCACUGGACCAUCUCAUUGACAGUAUAUUCCCACAGUUUAGGAAACAUAUUGAGCCUGACCUUCAUCACGCACAGAUCAGGAUUAACAACAGUUUUGUUUCAUCAUUUAGAGAGCCAAUAUAUAAGCUAAAGUGCAAAAGUGAGUCUCAAAUUGGACAUGAAGCCUACAUUUUUCAGGGAAAGGAGGCAAUUGUAGAUAAUUUCAUUGAGAUGUACCUGAGACCUCCAUCUGCAAGUGAAGAAGCACAAAUAAAUGAUUGGAUUAAGGUGCGGCAAUCUGGUAUCAAAUACUACCUGUCACUAGGUGACCAGAGGAUAGUUGAUAAAAACUUUAUCAUCAGGCCAAAAGCUGAAUUUGAGGUUGGACGGAUGACUUUGGGUGGCCUUUUAGCCCUUGGUUACUCUGUUGUGGUAAGCUAUAAACGCACAUCAACUUCAGUUAACGAGGGCAACCUUUCAAUUUCUUUGGAGACAAUUGAUACUCUUGGGGAGACAUACAUGGUGCUGAGAGGUACAAAUCGAAAGAUGGUUGGAACUGAGGCUUCAAGGAUGGGUAUCAAUGGGCCAUGGAUCACUAAGUCAUAUCUGGAGCUGAUACUUGAGAGUAAAGGUGUACCUCGUCUUAACACACCUCCACCACUGGCUGCUGCACCUGCGCCCAGUAAUCGGGAAAGGUUGAUAGCAGCUCCAAAGCCAGUUCGCAUCACGCCUAACCUGGUUAACCAGCUUGAAGAUUUAUCUCUGCCAUGGACAAGAUCCCCAACUAAGUCCAAAAUGGAACCAGUUGUAGCAAGAUGGCAAUUUGUCGCGCCAGAUGAGCCACUUUCUGAUGGUUCAAUUAUUGAUCCAUCUUCUUCCAGGCCUCCUCUGCAGCUUGCUCCACUGCCUGAUUCAUAUGAUCUGGACAGGGGAUUGCUUCUUGCUGUUCAAGCAAUACUGGCUCUACUGGAGAACAAGGGGGCCCCUGUUGUAGUUGGGAUAGGAGGUCCAAGUGGAUCUGGGAAAACAAGUUUGGCUCGUAAGAUGGCUAACAUUGUUGGUUGUGAAGUGGUUUCCCUUGAAAGCUAUUACAAAUCUGAACAAGUAAAGGACUUUAAGUAUGAUGACUUUAGCUCCCUUGAUCUAGCUCUGCUGUCUAAGAAUAUUGAUGACAUAAGGAACCGACGUAGAACAAAAGUUCCUGUAUUUGACCUGGAGAAUGGUACUAGAAGUGGCUUUAGAGAUUUUGAAGUACUGGAAGAUUGUGGUGUGGUAAUUUUCGAAGGUGUUUAUGCUUUGCACCCGCGUAUUCGGAGGUCGCUUGACUUGUGGAUUGCUGUUGUUGGAGGAGUCCAUUCCCAUCUAAUUUCUCGUGUUCAAAGGGAUAAAAGUAAAGUUGGCUGCUUAAUGUCUCAUGAUGAAAUCAUGACAACCGUCUUUCCAAUCUUCCAGCAGCAUAUUGAACCACAUCUUGUUCAUGCCCAUCUGAAAAUUCGGAAUGACUUUGAUCCGGUGCUUUCUCCUGAGAGUUCGUUAUUUGUGUUGAAAAGUGAUAAGCAAGUUGCUUAUCAAGACAUUCUGAAAAUCCUGGAUUCUGGUAAGCUGUACAGUUCUGUUCAAAGCUUUACAGAUAUAUAUUUAUGCCUUCCUGGACUGCCAGCUAAUGGCCAUUUAAAAGAGAGUGAUUGCAUAAGAGUCAGAAUAUGUGAAGGGAGGUUUGCAUUGCUGAUUCGGGAGCCUAUACGAGAAGGAAAUUUUAUCAUACAGCCGAAGGUGGAUUUUGACAUCAGCAUUAGUACUGUUGCUGGGCUUCUAAAUCUUGGGUAUCAAGCUGUUGCAUCUAUUGAGGCUUCCGCUUACAUUUAUCAGGAUGGAAAGAUCCUUGUUGAGGUUGAUCAUCUCCAAGAUGUCUCGAGUCCUUAUAUUCAGAUAAAAGGGGUUAAUAAAGAGAUUGUUACUGCUGCUGGUUCUGCACUGAAGCUGGAUGAUUCCUACACAACAAAGAGUUAUCUUGAAAUAAUUCUGGAAAGACUGCCUGGAGGUUUGGGUGGGAUUCAUUCUCAGCAUUCGGCAAAACUGCAAGAACUUUUGGAAUUCAUCCAAUCCCAGGGUAGUAAUUCAGCUUCAGAGUCUUCACAAAGUAGAGAAGUGUCUUCAGUAGAAUGCAUGAUUGAAGAGAUGCAAACAAGGAUCAGAAGACUUGAAAGAUGGCAGGCGAUCAAUACCAAUUCAGUUGCGAGAAUAACGGAUGAUCACGACGACGGCGAUUCCAAAUCCCACACCAAAAUGGUAUGCAAAGACCCUUCUUCUCCUUACCCACACAAAAUCCUCCCUCCCCACAAGAAGAAGAAGAAGAAGAAACCGGAAGCCGUCAGGCCUACUACUCGUAAUUUGUUCAGUCCCAUGAAGAAGUUUACAGCAGUUGUGAUGGAAGUCUUCACGGCUGCUUCCGGCGGUUCGUUGCCGGAAUCGCGCCGAGCCCUUUUGCAAGAUAGAGUUUCCCACUUCGUCUCCCGCCUUCACAGCCCCGAUCACCCCCCCUAUGCCUGGAUGAUAGAGAGGGCACUGCGGGAAUUAAAUGAGAGGCAGGGUUCUUCAGAGGACUCAAUAUCAAACUUUAUUAAGAAUGAAUACCAUGAUCUGCCCUGGUCUCACUUGACCAUGUUGAAAUAUCAUCUUGCUAGGCUUUGUCAAUCAGGUGAACUUGUUCUAACUUCUGGACAGAGGUAUUUACUUGCUGCUGCAAUUUCGGAGAGAAAAGAAAGAACAAAACACAGGAAAUUGAAGAGAAAGAGAGGGUCAGAUCGGGAAAUAAUGCGUAGCAAGCGACACAAGAAAGUCAAUAAAGGGGACAACAAUUUGAACGCCGAUAAUAUUGUUGGAUUGCUGCUUAGCCAGCAAAAGGAUCGUGUAAUUUCAAAUGUAUUAAGUCGAGAGGAAGAAUGUACAAUAGACGGAAAUAAACAGAAGAAACCACAGAAUCAUUAUGUUGAAUUGCUUUGCAGCCAACAUAAAGAUCAAUUGAUCUCAAAGGAAAUUAAUAAGCACGGAGCCCGUACGAUUGAAGGAAAUAGCCAGCAGAUGCUGGAGGGUGAUAAAGUAGGGUUACUUUUGUUCCAAGAAAAUAAUCAUGGAGCCUCAAAAGAUAGUAAUGAGGAGAGGGACUGUAUAAUGAAAGAAACCAAACAGCAGGAGGCUAAAGCUAAAUUUUUUACUGGUAUUGUUGAAGACAAUGAUUCCUAUGGCGACACAGAUGUUCCAUUGAACAUAGCUCCUGGCUUGGUGAAGAUCAAUGGGGAGAAUGAUUUUUCAAACUGCAGGACGGAGGAGCCAAGAUGUGACCCCAUUGCAGGUAUAACUGACAGUGACAGCUCAGAUGCACAGAUGCAUCUGGUUUUGGAAGAGGCUGAAUAUAAUGAUCCAGAGCUCGCAGCUACAGAAAGGCCCCCAGGUUUUGAGUUGGUGACUUUUGAGCAAUCUUCUCAGUUACAACGGUUCAAACAAAAUGAUGUGCUUGAUUUUGGUGAUGCUCAUGGAAAAUGUUCGGAGCCUGAAGUUUUGAUCUUUAAGGAGUCAAAUACUAGAUAUUGUACCAAAAGGUAUAGUAGACAGAAGAAAAGGCAACCUGUUGUUGGUAAGACUCUUUCAUUGCCUCCUGCAGAGAUCCAGGAGAAAACUCCUCAAAAACCAGAGUUCCCUCAUCAGGAUAAAGCACACAGCCGAGGGCAGACAUCACCGGAGCAUCAGAGAGAAGAGAAAGUUGCUCAAGGUAAUCAAAGCACUAGGGUUUUGCGAUCUCAGACUUGCAAACAAAAUCAAUCUGAAGGACCGAAAUCAGAGUAUCCGAUCCACGGGGGAAUCCUUCACGAAAAACUGGAUGCUGAGGUCACGACCGAGUUGACCCUAACAACCCAUCAGAUCGUAGGCCGGCUUCACAAAGGCCCCAAAUCUGAGCCAUCUCAUCAUGCAGUUAGAAACAAUCUGACGGAUGAUCUCAGGAAGAAGAAGUCAGGGCUUAAACCUGGAGGACGACCUCCAAAAUCUAGUAUGCCUGCUAAAGAUGUACCUGAUAGGAUUCUUUUGGGUGAUAUAGCUCCUUCAAAUGAUCAAGACCAGGAACAUCAUGAGCGUCCACUGCAUCCUUCACUGGAGAAGUUAGAUGUCACAAUAGUUGAGAUGUUAGCUCCAAAACCUGCUGAUAACCCUAAGCGGGAGCAGAAGCUAACGAAAGCAGGACGUGGAAGGCCUCCUAAAUCCAAAGGAUCCUUACAUACAGCAGUGAAAUCGAUUUUGAUGAAAGCGAGACAUGGAAGGCUUCCUAAGCUGAAAGAGCCUGUCAGUGCAGAAGAGGAAUCCAGUUUGAAGAAGCAGAAACUUGGAAGGCCUCGUAAGCUGAUAGAACCUGUCAGUUCAGAAGUGGAAACCAGUUUGACGAAACGAAAACGUGGAAGGCCUCCUAAGCCAAAAGGACCAGUGAGUGAAGCAGUGGAGUCCAGUUUGACAAAACCAAAACUUGGAAGGCCUCCCAAGGAUUCAGCAGCACAAUCAAGUUUGACAAAACCAAAACUUGGAAGGCCUCGUAAGGGUGCAGCAUCGGAAUCAAGUUUGGAAAAACCAAAACUUGGAAGGCCUCUUAAGCCAAAAGGACCUGUGAGUCCUGCAGUGGAAUCCAGCUUGAUGAUACCAAAACUUGGAAGGCCUCCUAAGCACAAAGCACCUGUCAUUACAGCAGUGAAAUCCAGUUUGAAGAAGAAAACCACCAAUAAGUGUCGGGGAAGGCCACGAUUGACUGAUCGAUGA